AUGACUGUCCAUUACGAAUUUGAAGGAGAAUUGCAAUCCACCACGAUUGCUGUUACGGAAUUGACGGAGCGACACACCUCUGAAGUUAUAGGAAGAUGGAUGAGAACGAUUUUGCAAGACUGGCAUAUCGAUGAUGAGAAAAUAGUUGUUGUCGUAACUGAUAACAGAUCAAAUAUUAAAAAAGCAGUUAGAGGUACAUUUGGGUCUGCUAGACAUAUUGCAUGUUUUGCUCAUUCAAUCAACUUAGUCGCUGAGGAUAGAACGAAUUUUCAAGAUGCAAUAUCAUUGUGUGCAAAGAUUAAAAGAAUAGUCACAUAUUUCAAGCAAUCGACUAUAGCUGCUGAUGCAUUGCGCAGGGUCUCCCACCUGAAGUUAAUCCAAAGCAUCGACACACGCUGGAAUUCAACCUUCCAGAUGUUACUACGACUUAUUUUGCUCUCAAAAGAAGUUGGGUCGAUUUUAUUAAGUAUCCCGGAAUCACCUGAAAUGUUGACUGCAUCUGAACUGCAAUUGGCAAACGAAAUUGUGGAAGAAUUACGACCACUUGAAAAACUUAUAAGGAAACUUUCUGGAGAACGAUUUGUUGCAGCUAGCAAAGUCAUUCCACUGAUUAAUUGCUUGAAAAACAAAAACCAAGAACUUCGCAAUAGCUUAAAAACGCAAACUGCGCUUUCUUUAGUUGAUCGUCUCCAAAACUCUAUUUCGAUGAGAUUUGGGCAGAUAGAACAUAAUUAUAUUAUGGCAGUCUCGACUAUCCUGGAUCCAAGAUUCAAAAAAUUACACUUCAAUCAACCUUUGACCUGUUCGAAUGCAAUCGGUCGUAUUGCUAGAUGGAUAAGAGAAUUGGAUCACACAAAUGUGUCCAAUGAUGCAGUUGCUGAAAUCAACAUGGAAAUACCCGACAAACCUGAUGAGUUAUGGUCUUUUCACGAUAAUCUUCUUAAAGUUAAUACUGUAAAUGCUGCGCAACGUAAUGAAGAUGAGAUGCCAACUGAUUUAAAGCACUACUUGCAUCAACCAAUGAUAGAUCGCAGGGAUAAUCCAAUGCGUUAUUGGUCGAACCUCGCAUCAGUAUACCCGCUUCUUAGCGUUAUUGCCAAAAAUUACUUAGCAAUUGUUGGAACGUCAGUACCUUCUGAGAGAUUAUUCUCAAGGGCUGGCAAUAUUUUAACAGAUUCCAGGAACCGACUUUCGCCUGAACAUCUACAACAAUUAUUAUUUCUAAAUUCCUUGUCCAUUAAAGAUUGGCAAUUGAAAAUAAAAUAA